UGUAAACAUCCUGACGCGUAUUUGCGAUUGUCUUUUGGGAUUAGAACCACUUAUCUGCGAAUGCAUCUAUAAAAAGAGCGUUGAUAUUUGGUGAAGUCAAUCGAACUUCCGAAAACGAACGAGCAAGAUGAGGGUAGAAGUGAGAAUAUUCGUGCUACUUUUUGGCGUUGCUUUGGCUGGGGUUAUCCCAGAACAACAUUUGGAAAACGGAAUUCAAUCAGGUGAUGUUGCACCACGUGUAAACAAUGUAACAUUGGAAGAAACACCAGCUGUAAAGAAUGACACCCAAGAGUCUGUCGAAGAUAAUGUCGCUUACACCAAGUCCUCUGAUGAAGAUGAUGCGGCCAAGCAUACCAUUGAAGAUGGCAGUAGCGAUGAAAAUGAAAAUCAGAAACACGAUAUCCAGAGUGACGAGGUCCACGACAACAGCGAUGAUGUCUUGAAUGCUCACAGCAACAAAACUGAGUCAGAUGAUGAAGAUGAGGACAGCAAUGAAGAUUCAGAUUCAGAUGAUGUCUCUGAGCAUACUGUUGGCAAUGGAAACACUGGAUAUCCCAAGGAAAACGACAAAGAGAAUGUCGAUGCCCUUAUCAAAGGUUCUCCGACACAACAUGUAAGCAAGGAAGUUACGUCUGAUGUAAUUGAGCAUGAUAAGCAAGUUUCAAAGGGUGUCAGCCAAGCUCCUGUCGACAACCACAAUAUACAAGCUGUUGCUAAUAGCAAAACCCCAGACUCGUAUGAAGUAAUCAAGCAAACUACAGGAAGUAACAAAAUUGUUGACAAUAACAACGUAAAUCCUGCAGAUCGCGACAUUGGCGGAGUUUCCAGUAGCGAUGAGGCUAGUGUUGAAAGCGAUGUGGAAGAAACUGAACCCGAGGCCGAUAACCUUAUUCCGUUGGAGACCAUCCUGCAAGCACUUAGCGACAUCGCAAGCAAGAAGCGAGAAUUAGAAGUGCUGAAGGAGCAAGAAAAGUUGAGGAAAGAACAGGAAAAGAAGGAGAAGGAAGAGCGAAAAGAAAUAUUGAAGAGAGAAAAGGAGAGGCUGAAGUUAGAGAAGGAGAAGGAGAAGCUAGAGAAGGAAAGAAUUAAGGAAAUUGAAAAGUCUAAGAAGGAACAAGAAAAAAGGGAGAAGGAAGAGCUGAAAAUGCAAGAAAAGAGGGAAAAAGAGGAGAGGAAGGCAAAGGAGAAACAACUUAAGGCAGAAGAAAAGCUGCUCCUCUUUCUUGUCUAAGGAGAAAAAAGGGAAAAAGUUAUAAUGAAGAACAAACGCACAAUAAAUCAUACGCUGUAACUAACCUGCAUUCAUAUGUUAGAUGUUCUCAAAUAAACUUCCUUUACUCUCAAACA